AGAUCACUGACCGUAUCCGACUUUAAAUAAAUGAAAAGAACUAGGAUAUGAAGAACAUAAUGACGGAGAGAAUCCUUAAUCAUGCUCUGGAAAUUAUUUACCUACUUACGGGAGAGAUCUCAGUGUUUCAGGAUCUGGUUAACUCACUGAUUAUAAAUGACACGAGCAAGGACAGGAAGAGAACGACAGAGCGGAUUGUGACUCACGCCCUGGAAAUCAUCUCUUUGCUCACCGGAGAGGUGCCUAUAAAGUGUGAUGACGUCGCUGUAUAUUUCACUAUAGAGGAGUGGGCGUUUAUCGAGGGGCACAAGGAGUUUUACAAGGAUCUCGUGCUGGAGAAUGAAGAGUCACAUAGAACGUUGUGCAUUUCAUCCAGCAAUAGUUCUGGGCUAGAGCGUGAACAUCUGGACACUGAUUCAGCUGUUGCGGCAGCGCAGGAGGAGGAGGAGGAGAGGGACACGGAUGUACAGCAGCUGGAUAUCCGUGCAGAGACGUGUGCAGGUGAAGACUUAAAGACUAAACAAACAGAAGAUCUGUGUGCGAGCAGCGAUCUGCAAGAUCUGAAGCAGGAGAUCUGUGAACGUCUAACCACAAACCUUCCUGAGGGAAAUCUGCAGACUGAAUGCGUUAAUGAGGAAGAAGAGGAAGAGAUUGAUGAAAAGGAUAUUCUGCAAAUUCAGAUUGAUUCAGAUUCCUUUUCUGGUGACGAUUAUGCAGAUGAUGUAGUGAAUGCUGAACUCACUAAGGAUCUUGGAUUAAACGGUCCUAUUAAAUGUAUAAAACAGGAAGAUUGCGAGGACAUUGGUUCAGGCAUUGACACAGACAAUGUCUACUCAGGAGAGAACCAAAUGGAUAUUGAGAUGGUGGUAAUCGACUCAGACACUUGUGUGGAUGGUCAUCUGAACAGUUUGUCUAAGAAGGUCAGAGGAAAAGUCUCUGAAAGAAACUUGAUUAACAAAUCAACAUUAUUUGGAAAAAUAAAUCCUUCAUCUACGGCAGCUUUGUAUCAGUAUGAACAGAAGACAAAUACUUCUAUCAAAUACUGUAAUGUUGUAUCACUGGAAACUAGAAAACCUGAGGCCGCACACUGUGAAAUACAAGUUACUAAAAUAUUAGUAGGUAAAGACAGUCAAGCAUUACAUAUCACAGAGAAUUCCCAUCCAAGUAAUAAAAAUAUUAAAUCUAAGCCCCCCAACAGAACUUUAGCAGGUGAAAAGCCAUAUAUUUGCCAGGCAUGUGGUAAAGGUUUUUCAGAUCGUUAUAAUAUGGUUGAACAUGAAAGGAUUCAUACUGGGGAGAAACCAUACGUUUGUCUUGAAUGUCUAAAAUGCUUUAACAGGAAGUCAAAUCUAGUUGCACACCAGAGAACCCAUACAGGUGAUAAGCCACACGUUUGUCCAGAGUGUAGUAAAGGGUUUUCAACACGACCACAGCUGGUUGCACAUCUGAGAACUCAUACAGGAGAAAGGCCGUACACCUGCCAGAAAUGCGGGAAGGGAUACUAUACUAAAGGUCAUCUGGUGUCGCAUUAUAGAACUCAUACCCAAGAGAAGCCGUAUGUUUGCCAAACCUGUGGGAAAGGCUUCUCACAAAAGUCAAGUCUGGAUGGACAUCUCAGAACCCAUACAGGAGAAAAACCGUUUGUAUGUCAGAUAUGCGGUAAAGGAUUUUCUGAAAAGUCAAAUAUGGUUACGCACCAGCGAACUCAUACUGGGGAGAAACCAUAUGUAUGUCAGACAUGCAGGAAAUGUUUUACGGACAAGUCAACUUUAAAUGCACACCGUAGACUUCACACCGGAGAGAAACCAUAUGUUUGCCAGCUGUGUGGCAAAGGGUUUGCUCAAAGGGCAGGUCAAAUUGCACAUCACAGGACUCAUAUGAGAGAAAAAGCACUGACAUAGCUAGGAAAAAUUAUGCUUAGGCACUCUGCAGACUAGUUUGAGCAUCAUGGGAAAUGUAGUUUUGAAACAUUAGGGGUGCCAAGAUCAGCCAUAAGUUUUCUAGAAGGUUAUUGCCAAUUUGUGAACUCAAAUAAGUUUUACACUCUAUGUCUAUACUUUUGAUACAACAAAAAAAUAGUGUCAUGCAAAUUAAAAUUUGCUUUUUUAAAACAAAAAAGUGCAAAAAUAUUUUAUAUUAGACAUUAGUUUGAAGAAAAUAGUUUGUGCUGACAUAUUGUCACUGCACCUGCUAGAAUGUAGAGAUACAUUUAUUGUGCAAAAUCUUUAUUGAAAUAAUGUUAGUAAUGUAUAGAUUAACAUAGGGGACUCUCAGCCAAUUAGUAAUUAUCUAUAGAUAAAACUCCCAUCAUGUUUAAUAGGAUAAAUUAAUGUUAUUUAAAAAAUGUCUAUUUUAUUUUACAUAUUUAUUUGUACAUUUUUUUACAACUACUUUGCUAAAAUCCUUUUUCCAAAGUGGAAAAACAAAAUAAAAUAUUUUAAAAAUAAAUGUGGCUUUUAAACUCU